AUGUCUUCUAAUACCCAGGAGUCUCGAUCCAACUGUCAUAAUGAUGAGCCCCCACUGCAGUCCCCAGUUCAGGAUGCACAAGAUGUUCUAGUGCAAGAACAUCAUCUCACUGGGGCAGCUUGCUCUCUUGGUGAAGAGGAAGAAGGGUCAUUUGGAGAACAUGAAGAAGAUGAGAAAGACUUGGGGGGUGUAAUUUUCAAAGAACUAUCUGUGAAUGACAUUCUUAGAUAUCACUUUCCGGAUCGCGAAGUUGGUUACUUGUUCUAUAGUUGGUAUGCUCGGAUGCACGGAUUUGCUGCUAGAAAGUGCAGGACAGUAAAGAACAAAGAUGGAGAUGUUAUUCAACAAACAUUAGUGUGCUUUAGAGAGGGUAAAAGGAAAGACUAUGAUGGAAAUGCCGGUCAAAAGAGAAAGCGUUUUCCGAAGAAAGACACAAGAUGUGAGUGUAAGGCUCAUUGCAUGCUCCAUGUUCUCAAGGUUGACAACCGUUGGCAUGUUAAAUUUGUUUGUGAUGACCAUAAUCAUGUGCUUGUUGGAGACAAUUUGAUUGGACUGGCACCUGCCCAUUGGAAAAUGAAUGAGGCUGACAUUACUCAAUUGAAUUGCUAUAGGAUAGCAGGAAUCAACACUCCAAAAACUUAUGGUGUGUUUGACAACCAGAUGGGUGGAUAUCACAAUGUUCCUUUUGGUCCGAGACAAAUGUACAAUGAACGAUUUAAAAAGAAGAAGGACAAAGUAUGUGAUGCGAGAGGUGUCAUUGGUUUCUUACGUAAGUUGAAGGAGAAAGAUUCUGAUCUGUUUUGGAAACACACUUAUAAUGAGGAUCGAAGGCUAGACAAGUUGUUUUGGAGUGAUGGUUGCAGCCGUGACAACUAUUCAUUGUUUGGUGAUGUGUUGGCAUUUGAUGCAGCGUACAAGAAGAACAAGUACAAGCGGCCACUUGUUAUAUUCUCUGGGGUUAAUCAUCACAACCAGACAAUUAUAUUUGCUGCUGCUCUAGUUUCCAAUGAGCAAGAGGAUACAUAUGUUUGGUUGCUUCAGAAUUUGUUGGAUGCAAUGCACGGGAAGUUUCCAGUGUCGGUGAUCACAGAUGGAGAUCUGGCAAUGAAAAAAGCGAUUAGAAAGGUUUUACCAAAUGCUCAUCACAGGUUAUAUGCUUGGCAUCUUCUCCGGAAUGCAGUGAGCAAUGUUGCUGAACCAAAAUUCAUUAAAAUACUUACUAGAUGCAUGCUUUGGGAUCUUGAAGUAGCUAAGUUUGAGAAAAAAUGGGCUGAAAUGGUGAUUGAAUGUGGAUGUGAAGAGAAUGAAUGGGUUCAAGACUUGUAUGCGCGAAAGAAGAUGUGGGCUACUGCACAUAUGCGGGGUGACUUUUUUGCGGGCUUCCGUACGACCACUCAGGUUGAGGGAUUACAUGCCCAGGUUGGAAAGAAAGAUGGAAAAAGUGAUGAUGUAGUAAAAGAACCUGUACCAAGGGUGGAUAAUGAUCCUGACAGGUGUGCUGCUGGAGCAUUGAUGCAGUUGAAGUGCAUACUUGGAGAUGUGGUUGGAGAUGGUCUUAUGUGGACCCUUGUUGGUUUCAUUUGUGGUAUCGUUUCUGUUUAUGUGACUUUUGAAAAUGCUGUUUCAAAAUGUGCUGGACCAGUGGACAUGCCUUAA